GGGUCGCAACGAGUUGUUAAACCUUCCCGGGGCGGCCGAUGGCGGUCCCGUCCCGUGGGUCCCGACCAGGAGGUGCGGAGGGGCCCGACCCCGGCCCCGGUGCCGCCCCACGCGGGACGCGCCCCCGUGGAGCUUCCGCCGCCCCGAGCGCUUCCUGCCCCAACACGGAGCCGAGGACGGGGCCGCCCACGGGAGACGACGACGCAGACAUGAACCCCAAAAGCUGCCUCGGCUUUGCAAAGUGCUUCCUCUUCCUCUUCAACCUCUUCUUCUUUGCCCUGGGCAGCCUCCUCCUCGCCUUCGGCCUCUGGGUCCUCUUCGACCGGCAGAGCUUUGCCGCCGUGCUGGGGUCGCCGCUGUACAGCCUGCGAGUCUGGUCCUACAUCUUCUCGGGGGUCGGCAUCAUGACGAUGCUGCUGGGCUUCCUGGGAUGCCUGGGCGCCCUCAAGGAGAUCAAGGCCAUGCUGCUGCUGUACUUUGGGAUCCUGCUGCUGCUCUUUGCUGCCCAGAUCACGGUGGCGGUCAUCGUCUACACGCAGCGUGUCACCCUAGCCGCCAAGGUGGCCACCUACGUGCAGGAGCUGAUCCGGGGGUACCCAGCCCAGGGACCACCCAGGGACCCCCAUGAGAGCUGGGAUGCCGUCCAGCAGCAGCUUGCUUGCUGUGGCUGGAAUGGACCCCAGGACUGGAACCGCCUCGACGGCCCCCCCAGGGAUGGGGACGGGGCCAUCGCCUGCUCCUGCCUUGAGGCGCUGGCACCCAACGGCACGCACGGCUCCCCCCCAGCACUGCCCCAUGGCCUCUGCCCCAUGGCUGCCCCCCAGGACAUCUUCCCCAUGGGCUGCGCUGAGGGCGUCAAGGGCUGGCUGGCCGAAAACCUGGUCACCGUUGUGGGGAUCUGCCUGGGCAUUGGCCUGCUGGAGCUCUGCCUGCUGAUGCUGUCGAUGUUCCUGGUCAGGAACCUGGACCCCGACUACGAGAAACUGCUGCGGGGGUUCUGAGGGGGGCCGGGCCGGAGGGGGCACCGCGGGGCUCCCCAGUCUCUGUUCCCCCUCGGCUCUCGGUCAAUAAAGUCAGCUGGAAGCAGCACGACGGGGACGGGGACG